ACACACAUAAACACUCCCUAAACUCCAGAUGGGGCUUGCUCCAUUGGCUGCACUUAGCUGUUUGUAGUAUUUUUAGGCUUGUUAUUCCGGGGGUCUAGUCCUGGCAGCCUGAUACAGAGUAUAUAAGCCCCUAUAACGGGGGCAGCUCAGUCAGCUCGUCAGAUAGAACGGCUCUGCUGCUCACACAGAGACUUAGUCUACAUGAGGGAUUGAUGCUAUGCCUCCACAAUAAUGUCUGAAGUGGCCACCCAGAAGUUCUCUCUGGCCUUCUCUUGCACCUCCCCGCUAGUUCAACCAGUCACACCGCCCUGCAGCCACGAGGAGGGACAAGACCCUCCACCUCAGCCCCAAAAUGAAAGACCAGUCCUCAGGAUGAAGAAUGUCAUCACAGAUCGGACUUGGGAUCAAACCCAAGAGAAGCCCGAGCCGACAGCCAGGGGACCGCUUAAGCCUGCAGGGGAACAUACCAAUCCCCCGGGGGUGGACAAAGGCCCGGGGGCUGGGCUACCCAGAAAAGCGGUGUUUGAGAAGUUCUCUGUGAAGGAGAGGUCGGCAGUGACGAUGUUGUCUGUGAAAGAGGAGGGAGAGGAGCAGCGUCCUGGCACCAAAAGACAGCUGUCCUCUGAGAGUGCUAACAGGACCGUGGCCAUGGUGAAGAAGAGGGAAGUGCGGAGAGAACCAGACAAACCCAAGCCCUUGCUGGGACAGAGGGAAACCCCGCGCCCGGGCCAAGCUGUGUUCAUCAAGAGGAAGCUUCGUAAAGACCUGUUUUCCAGCUCGGAGGUGUUCCGCAGGGUUGAUACAGACGCCAUCAAAGCAGGAAAGCAGCUGAAGGAGAAAUGUGUUUUUGACAUCCAGACCAUUGCUCAGAGAGUCACGCAGGGAGCCAAAACAGAGCUGGAGAGACUUAGAGCCAUCUGGGUCUGGCUUUGUCACAACAUCGACUAUGAUGUAACUGGGUACCUGGGCCAGAGUAAGAAGCUGUGUUCUCCUGAAGAAGUGAUUGCUGCUGGCAGAGGACUCUGCAGUGGGUACUCCAGUCUCUGUACUGAGAUGUGCAGGUCGGUGGGCAUCGAGUGCCUUGAGGUGCCCGGCCACAGUAAAGGCAUCGGUCACUUGCGGGGCAGGAGUCUCCAGGGGGUGAAGUCGGACCACCUGUGGAACGCUGUCUGGCUUGGGAGGCAGUGGUACCUGCUGGAUGCAUGCUGGGGGGCAGGGAGGGUAGACAUGGACACCAAGACCUUUAUCAACAGGUUUGAUGAUUUCUACUUCCUGACGGAGCCAGAGGACUUCAUUGACUCCCACUUUCCUGAUCAGGAGGAAUGGCAGCUCCUGGCCACACCCAUCACUCUGGAGGAGUUUGAGAGGCGUGUCUUCAAGACUUCAGCCUUCUACACCCUUGGACUCACCCUGCUGCAACCCAAACACUGGAGCGUAGUCACAGAGGAUGGAGAGGCUGUCGUGUCUCUGGGAUUGUCCAGAUCAGUGGCUUUCACCUACGAGAUCACCAGACUAGGUGUCCCGCAGCCAGACCACCCCGGCGGAGCUCCAGACUCCUCUGGCUUGCUCACAGUCUCCCAUCGGGGGAUGAAGCUCAAGCUGAUCCCUCCUGCCAGGGGCUCUUACGACAUUAAGCUGUUCGCUCGGCCUGACAAGGCCACCACCCCAUUUAGCUGGGUGUGUUCCUUCACCUUGGAGUGUCAAACCCCCAGGGCUUCAGAGGAGAUGCCCCAGAACCCCUUCCUCUCCUGGGGCCUGCAGGCUGGGGCGCGGGGUCUGGGAGUGGUGGGGACCAGCCUGGGGAAUGGGAGCCAGGUUAUGGAGGUGGAUGCUGGGAUGUUGGAGCUGGUGCUGCAGACCUCCAGAUCGCUGAUGGUUCUGUGUGAUCUGGUGCAUCCUGGUCUAGACUCGGCUCUGUCCAAACGCUGCCUGGCCACUCAGAUAGAAACUCACCGUCUCACUGUCCAUGUCCUCUGUCCCCUCAGGGGAUUCUACCGCCUCUCUGUGUUCGUACGGGACUAUGAGACGCCAGCCGUCAAGUUCCAGAACGCCGGGAACUUCCUGCUCCACUGCAGAGAGCGUCCGGUCAGCCUUACCAAUCUGUUUCCACCCGGCCUGGGGUCAUCCUGUGGACCGGGUACACGCGCCGCGGAUGCCGGUCUCUCCAAAUUCAGCCACACAGGGGCGCUGGUCAGCACGACACAAGGCAAAGUCAACAUCACUUUUCACACCCCACGGGACCUGGAUCUGCAUGUCACACUGUCUAGGGAGGAGACCAGUCCACAUGCGACGCUGUCUGGACAGGAACCGGAGACACGCCAGGACAGCCAGCAAUCCUCGGCGCCUUCACUCGCUCGCCAUGUCUUCCUAACCUAUACGGACAGCAAGGUGACAGUGAGCGCCAGCCUGCCUGACAUGGGGGUCUACCGGCUGGGUCUGUACGGCAGGACCUCCCCUGGGGGGGACUUCAACCCGCUCUGUGACUACAUCCUGAGGAACAGCUGUGAGCAGCGCCAGCCUCCCUUCCCCACCACCUACUCAGCCUGGACCCACAACAGGGGCAGUGUUCUGUUUGAGCCCCGGGCAGGCCUGCUGGGGGCUGAGUCCUGGGUCCGCUUCAGGGUGAGGGUUCCGGGGGCUCGCAGGGUGGUGGUGGUGGUUGGGGACACCAGGACGGAGCUGAAGACCAAUAAGAGCCGGGUCUGGGAGGGGGAGGUGUUUAGCGGGACAGGGGCGGGGCAUACACAGAUCAAAUUGGCCGCAGUCACAGGAGAGUCAGCUGACAUGGCCGUCAUGAUGACCUAUGACCUUCAGGGUCUGGACAAAGAAGAGUAAGAAAAGGGAUGGGACUACAUAGAUCUUGGGCUGUACAGUAGAGACUGACUGGGUUAUAGAGAUAUGAUACUGAGUGGGUUAUAGAGAUAUGAUACUGAGUGGGUUAUAGAAAUAUGAUACUGACUGGGUUAUAGAAAUAUGAUACUGACUGGGUUCUAGACAUUUGAAACUGACAGGGUUAUGGAGAUAUGGGUCUGUGGGGAUGAAGUGAGAGGAGAAACAAGGGAGGAUGACUCAGUGAUAGAAAACUGUUAUUUUCUUAAUGUCCAUGUGAAUGUGGUUUUAACAUCAGAGGUAACAGUCUGCUAAAUAAUCAACUGAAAAUGUCAAAUGUAGAAAUCCAAUGUACUAUAGAUGUUUGUGUACUGUACAAUGGAUGAAGAGAUUGAAAUAAAGAUAUCUGCGGAUUAUGCACAUUG